GGCCGCCAGUUGAGAACAGUUGAGAGGUGCGCAGUAGAUGUUUGGUGUGGACGUGUGGUUUAGAUAUUGUUGUUCGUCUCGUCUCGCGGCGGUGAAUUCUGCUGAACUCGUGUCCAAGGCGACACGUCCGACUCGUCGUGAAAUCACACUCGGAUUGCACCGCGGCGGAGGAAAGACGAUUAAGCUCGACGAGGAGAUGGGCCGGUCGCGCUCUCGAUCGAAAUCGCCGAGCAGACGGCGUCAUAAGAGCAAGCAUUCGCGCAAGCGGUCCAAGUCGCGCGAGAAGCAUUCCAACAAUAAGUACUCGGACAAGCCGAAGGAACGUAGCUCUAAGUCCAGAAAGCGAUCCCAUUCCCCGUCGUCCAGCACUGGUUCAGAUGUAUCGGACGAUGUACAUAUCGUCAGUCACAAGAAACGCUCGUAUAGGGAUAGGGAUCGAAAAAUGGAUGAGGUGGAAAGAUUAGCAGAAAUGGAGCGACAAAGGAAAAAGAAAGAAUUAAUGAACAAAAUCUUCACCACGAGCACAGUUGGUGCUCUGGAAGAAGGUCGCUGCUUGUCUGUCUGCAGACGUCAACGCGAAGUGGAACAAAAGAUGGUGGAGGAAGAGGCAGCUAAACGUAUAGAAGAACUUGUACAAAAGAGAGUAGAAGAGGAACUUGAGAAGCGUAAGGAGGAAAUUGACGCGGAGGUGCAAAGGCGGGUAGAAGAAGCCAAGAGAGCCAUGGAACGUCAAAUGAUGGAGGAGAUGGAAUGGAGACAGGCGAAACUACGUGAGGAGGAGAAACGAAGAGAGGAGGAAGAGCGGAAGAAGCGUGAGGAACUAGAGAGGAUUAUGGAGGAGAACAACAGAAAAAUAGAAGAGGCUCAGAAGAAAUUGGCUGAGGAGAGAUUGGCCAUGGUCGAAGAGCAACGAUUAAUGGAAGAAGAGAGGCAAAAGAUGAGGAAGGAACAUGAGAAACGUGUUAAGGAGGAGCAAAAGAGGAUUUUAGGCAAGAAUAACUCAAGGCCUAAGUUAUCCUUUACACUAAAAUCGGUUACGUAAGUUUAGUAUUUGUAUUGUUUCAUGCAGUUUUACAUGUGAUAUGUUCACGAAAUCUUGUCAGCUUUCGUACUUGAUUCGCAAGAACGAUUAUUAUAGACUGUAUCUAUGGAGGUAUGUAGGUAUACCUAUGUAGGUACAUACAAUAUAUAGAUAAGUGCAGUAAUAUUAAGACACAAAGCUCACCCUAAUGUAUUCAAAGUGUUGAAAUCAAACAAGAUUGAAUUUUAUUUGAUUAUGAUGAUAAAAUACAUCAGAAUUAAAUAAUUGAUUCUCAUCUUGUGAGAUUUCAAUAAAGUUAUACAGAUGGGAUUUCAUGUUACGUGAGGUUAUGCUAACAUCAAUACAAGCGAAUACAAGUUUUUUAUAUAUAAAGCUAUUGUACUAAUCAUAUUAAUACUUUUAACUUGUCCAACAAAUUUGAAUUUAUAUAUUUUUUUGUAUAGGUAAUUCCUUUUAUCUGAUGUAAGCAUAUUCUAGCUCGAUUAAACAUGUUCCAUGAUUUAUACAUACACUAUUUGUACAUGGUAGGUCCUGUAUUGUCAUCUCGAUAUCGAAAAUACGCAAUUUUACUUCAGUGAGAUAAAGCAUAUAUAUUAUAUUAGAUCAUGUUGCAAUAACAGCAAGAAUUCUGAAUUCAUUGAAUUGUCUAUAGUUUAUGUCAAAUUGGUUGAAUGGAAUUUAUUAUAAAUAAUAUCACAUCUUUCUUUUUUAAUAGUUGUUUUUUACAAAUAAGUUUAAAACAUGAUAUCAUAUUAACAAUGAUUUUCUUGAAAGUCUAUGCUAUAAAAUCUGGAUAGUUAUUUUAUUAUAAGAUUAUACAUUUAUUAUCUAAACAAUAAUCUACAUUAUUUCGAUUUGAAAAUAUAUUUGCAGAACAUAUUUAGCCUGCAAAACAUGGAACGAUAUAUUUUAUGAUAAAAGAUCAAAUUAAAUAGUAUAAUGAUUUUUAAAAUGUUUACAAAACCUGAGUGAUUUUGUAUGUGAAUAAUGUGGACGUGUAGCGUGACAUAAUCCUAUCUACCUUAACCGUGUAAUAAUGUGUACGCAUUGUUCCGAGAAAGAAAACAUUUUGUUUAUAUAGGACUGUAUACCUACAACAUUGUUACUUGUAACAUAAACACGUUUUUAAUAAA